AUGGACGGCCCGCUCCCGGAAGAAAUGGGGCCCUUAAAAUCCCUACUGGAUCAUUUGGGGACCGAAAUAUGCCGAUUCGUCGGAGACAACACCAAACAAGCCCAGGAAGACCUCCAGAUGGGAUUGACCGCGACAAAGGAUGAGCUAGCCUUUGUCAAGAAGGAGUUGGAAGAGACCAAGGCGAUGGUGCAUAGUCAGGUGGAAUGUUUUAGGGGUUUCUUCACCAAAAGCCCGACCGACGACCUGAAGCCGGAUUAUAUGAGGGCAGAGCAUCCGGAUUCAAUGAUGGUUGAUAAUGUGACCAAGGGGUCCCGUACUAAAAAGCACGAGGACCUUGAGAAAAAUUAUACACGUCUGCGCGGGGAUUAUCGGAACCUCUUCACCGAACACCAAGAAACGGUACAAAGUUUGAAUGCCGCUCAGCAGAGACUGGAAGAGUCUGAGAAAAGGCAGCGCGCUUUGAGAGUCCAGGUUGGCAGACUGCAAGGACACAUCACCCGCAAUGCCACCAAUGCCAACGAGUUGAUCGACUCCGAGGUAAAAGGCAAGCUAGAGCACAUUCGGGCUCGCAUCCAGUCGAUAGUGAAAAAGUACUGCGUGGGAAAGGUGAUCACCAUAGCCAGACCCAGUCAAGAACUUGUAAACUUCGACAAUGAAUGGUUGAAAAGAUCGAAGCCGCUUUUGCAGCAGUACACCCAACAUGACGUCGAGGAAUUCGCCACAUAUUGGGUGAGGAGUAAGAUAUACUUCCUUUUGGAAAGAGAGAUCUUCAGUAAAGAGGUAUUUGGCCUUGAAGACGACCUUGAAGCGAAAUUUGGCGAGUUUGAGCGCCUGAUCGUGAAGCACAAUCCAGACACCGAUAUUGGCGACUGGCGAGCCCUCACUCUUCGGUACAGCAAGGCCUUGAACAUGGAACAUCAACAGCUGCCUAGGGAAACAGCAUUGUAUAUUUUACACCUGUUCAUUCCAUGGGUCGCCGCGAAUCCAGAGAAUGCUGCUCCUACAAAGGGAAAUGUCAAACAAUAUUAUGUCCCUCCUCAGUUGAAGACAGACCUGGCCGAGAUUUGUCAAGCGGCGUAUGACCUGACCGUGAUGCUCAGACAGAGCGCCGAUAAGUACUACUUCGUUCCAAUUGAAGAGGACACCAGAGUUGAUUCUCAAGAACACGAGUACUUUGAGCCUGACCACGUGAUUGGCUCAACGUCAGAGUAUGUCGGAUCCAAAGUGUGGGUGACCCUUUUUGGUGCGCUGGUCAAGGAGUCUCAGGCUGGUGAGCGGUAUAUAAUGCAAAAGGCUCGUGUUAUUUGCAAGGCUCCUCCACCGCUGCCUGAUCGACCCAAGGACGAAUGA